CUCACAUUUACAAACUUGUUGAACUUGUCGUCAAAAUGAUGGGCGAGUGCCAAUCAUCGCCUCUUCCCCUGCCUCCUGAUUUCAUCCUCCCGGAAGGAAAACGGCCAAAUCUCUCGGAGGUAUCCCGGUUAGCGUCGAUUCCUAUCAUCGAUCUCACCCACGAAUUGUCCAAGCUAACUCAGGAAAUCUCCCGCGCUUGCGAGGAUUACGGCUUCUUCCAGGUCAUCAACCAUGGAGUUCCAAGCGAACUCUGCGGGAAAAUGAUGAAUUCCAUCUCCAGCUUCUUCGAAACAUUUCCAGAAGAGAAAGCCAAGUUCUAUGCAGCAAACAACGACGACGACAGUAACACGAGGCAAGUCAAGCUCCAGAACUUCCACCUCAAAGUCAACGCCGAUGGCUGCAGCGGUGGAGAAGGGGGAGAGAUGGAAAUCCGGAUGUGGAGCGAGACCUUUUCUUACCCUUGUCAUUCCCUCCACGAAAUCAUCCAUCUUUUGCCAGAUAACCCCCCUCACUACCGUGAGGUUUUUGCUGCAUACGCGGAGGAGGUUGGGGGUUUAACAACCCGGCUUUUGAGCUUGAUUUCCCAGGGGCUAGGCCUGCAGAAAGAUUGCUUGCAAAAGAGGCUCGGCAACAAGCCAAGACAAAGGGCAUACGCAAACUACUACCCGCCAUGUCCGAGCCCUGAACUCACCUUGGGGCUGGCUGUUCAUACGGACCCUCACGCACUCACUCUGCUUCGAUAG